AUGUCCAAAAAGGUUUUGACACCCAUGAAGGAUGAAAGUCCAGAUUUUCAGAAGCAGAUUGGGUGCAUCAGUGGAUUUUUUCAACUGUUUGACCGCCACCGGUUCAUCACAGGGCAACGCAGUAGCAGCCAGAGUCAUAGCAUUCCAACACAAGGUGGAACCAGGAAGCACAUCAAAGAACUGAAUAAUACAGCACAAAAGUCAACGGCAAAGAAUGUGAAGGCUGCAAAAGAGAAUCAACCAUUCUCCACAGAAUCAUCAGGGACUUCAAUGUCUUCAUCAUCUUGUUCAUCUAGCAUGUCAUCAAUGGACUUUAGCAGAACAAUUCAGAUGGAACCGCCAUCAACCAGUCAAAUCAAAAUCCCAGAAAACUUCAAUUCAGGAGCACAAAGGAAGCAGCAACCUAGCCCCCGAAGACCUCAGUCGCUUGAUUGCUAUGACAUUGUCAAAGACUCAAUGCAUAAAGAUGCGCAAGGAUUGUCAGUAAAAACUGUAGCUAAAGGGGAAAAGAAGGGUCGAAUCUUGAGACACAUUGACUCUCCCCGGCCUUUGCAGGCUCCAAUAUCUGUCAAAACAGGAGCUAUGGUUGCUUGGGAUUCACCACGACUCUCAUACGAUGGGAGGGAUGUACAAGAUACAUUCAAAUCUGCUACAAAGCACAAGGAACUCCCUAGGCUUUCCCUGGACAGCAGAAAAGGAUCCAUCAAAAGUUUCAAUGAAGGAACAAAAUCUCGCAACUUUCUGAAGGCUCCAGAGAAAGAGUAUGGGGGCGCCAGCGCAAUGCAUAAGCAGCUACAAGAACCAGAAACUUCUAAAAGACCAUCUAGUGUUGUAGCAAAGUUAAUGGGACUGGAAUCUUUCCCAGACUGUGCCCAAACUUGUGAUACUCCACGGGGGAUCUCUAGUUGCACUACCAACAAAGUUGAGAUGUCUGCAGGAUCUAGCACGAAUGAUGAAUUCAAGCAGCCCCAAAGUUCAGCAUCCCCAAGGACAAGCAAGGGGUCUAACUUGCUUCCGUCUACUAGGGAUGCUUCAAUCAUGAUUGUGAAACCAUAUGCACAAUUUUCUCAGGAAGCAACUCCAUUGAGACAAGCUGAUGCAAGCCAAGGUUCACAGUUGCAGAUUUCCAAGAGAAAUGACUGUUCAACAAAAGCAACAAACGCAUCCCUCUCUGUAUACGGGCAAAUUGAGAAAAGGGUGGCAGAUCUAGAGUUCAAAAAAUCUGGAAAGGAUCUCAGAGCCCUUAAACAGAUUCUUGAAGCGAUGCAGAGAUAUAAAGAAUCAAUAGAUAUAACGAGUGAUCAGGCUUCGAAUUCUCCAUCUGACAAUAGGAAUGAUAGUAAUCUCAGAGUAAGUUUGAAAGUGCAAAGCCCAAGAAUACAACAGAAGGACUCAACAUCGGCCACUGUUGAGAUUUCAAAUUCAACCCAGGGUAGUAAAUCGCCAAUUGUCAUCGUGAAACCAGCAAAAGUUGCAAGAAAAACCAAUGAUUCUGCUUUCACAGAAAUGAGAAGUCAUGGUAAAUCAGGUCUCAGUAAGUUUGGUCCUGGUAAUCCCAGAAAUAGAAUAUUGGUUGACAAGCUUGACAUGCAAACAACAAAAGAUAGUCCAGCAAUGAGACAUGUCAAUCAUCCUACUAGUCAACCUUUUCAUGCCGCAGAUAAGAGUAACAAGAUGAGGACAUCAAGACUGAUGCAAUCAUCAAAAGUUCCUCGAGUCAUUAAUGGAGAAAGCAACACUACCUCCACCAGUAUAUCAGAGAACAGGAGCCCAAGAGUACAGAAGAAAAUUGGUUUGGAGAGGCGUUCUCCAGCAACCAGCCCAUCAUCAGAUUCCAGCAGUAACAGAAGACAACACAAUAGGCAUUCAACGGAAUUGUCUUCCGCUAGUGUUAUACCCAGACAAAAAUUCUCUACUUUGCAGGAAAGAAAUGAACUUCUCAGCGAGAUCACCUAUCAAAGGAUGGGUUUUAAGCAUGGAGUCGAUGUUAUUUUGCCAGAUUUUGGCAGCAAGAGAAGCAUGGGUUCUCACAGUGAUAUAGAAGACAUUCACAAUGAUCACCCUGAAAAGAUCAAUAGUAACUCCAUCCAGCAAAAAGGCCUAAGUCAAAAUAAUGCAGAAAACGAGCUGAGCCAGGAAAACUUGAUAGCUGAAAAAAUAGUAACUGCAGAACAACCUAGUCCAGUGUCUGUUCUUGAUGCUGCAUUCUAUAAAGAAGACCCCCCUUCUCCAAUCAAAAGGAAAUUGGAAAUCUCAAAAGAUUUAGAUGAAGCUCUGAACACUUAUGAUAUUGAUGAGGAGAACUCAGAAGAUUUUCCUCUUUCAUCCAACACCACAAAAGCCAACUUCAGCAAUGGAACCAGGGACAUUGACUUUAAAACUCAUAAUUUGGUUCAAGUUAUUCAACAAAUUGACUACAGUGAUGAGAGAUUCACCAAUUUCAGUGACAGUAAAGAUCCUGAACACAAAUAUGUAUCAGAAAUACUGUUAGCAUCAGGGCUUCUCACUAGUCCCAGCUCUAGCCAGGCAUUUUAUUCAUCAGGUUACCCAAUAAACCCAACGGUGUUCCUUGCACUAGAGCAAAUCCAGACAGGCAAGAAACAUUUCAAUGUUGAACACGGUGCCAAGAAGAUUGUUAAGAUGAAUAAUCCACAGCAAAUGCAAAGGAAGCUCAUAUUUGAUGUCAUUAAUGAGAUUCUAGUUCAAAAGCUAAUAUUGGAGAGUUCCACUCUGUGGUGCCAGCCAAACCAACCAGCAGGAAGAAAACUAAAAGGAAAGCAACUUUUGGAUGAUCUUUGCACCAAAAUUGACAAGUUACAACAUAAAAAUAGGAAUCUCAACCUGGCUCAUGAGGAUGAGAAAUUGACAAGUCUUCUGUGGGAAGAUUUAACACAACAGCCCACAACUUGUGCAGAAUGCUUCAGUGAGAUACCAAAUGUCGUGUUGGAUAUCGAGAGGUUGAUCUUCAAAGAUUUAAUUACAGAAGCUGUGAGAGGUUAAGUAGCUAACCAUUCUGGUAAGCAUUACAGGAAACCGCAGCUUCCAAGUAGGAAUUCUAGCUAAGCAGGCUAAGAAGAAACUUCCAGCCUUAAUCUGUCAACUUACUAGUCUUCCCACGCUUAUACUUAGAAGGGGUAAUAAGCUAAUUAGUUAACAUUUUAAACUUCAUUUCUUUAUAAUGUCUGUCAUCAUCUUUCUUGCAUGUAUUUAUCGUGUAUGUUGAUAAAAUACAUGUAGAGAUGCAGAUAAAUGUAUAUAUCAUUGACAUGAUCUUUUUAAGCUCAAAUAAAGAUGUCUUGUAUGUAUCAAAAGAAGAUUCCCUUUUCUGUGUCAACAGUCAUAUUCAUAUUGUUGCAAGCCAUUUGAAAAAAGUUAAUACUCCAAAGGUCUCAUCUCUGUCUGAGAUCUCAGGAAUUAUAUCUCACA